AUUUUAUUUAUCUAUAUAUGUUUUAUACAAUUUGGUUUGUAAAGAAAAAUUUAUACAUUUGAAACAAAAAUAUGAAUCAUAAGAAGUAUUUUAUUAACAAAAUAUACUUUAGUGUAUCUUCCUAGUUUGUGAAUUAAAAGUGUUAAGGUAAAAGUAUAUAAUAUGAAACACCUGAUUUUAAAAAGUGGCCAAAAAUAAAGAAAUGGAGUUUUCUAAUUAAAACAAACAUUAACGUACGACAAGAUUAUUUAAAAAUCAUAGAUGAUAUCAAUAAUUUAUUAAUACGAAAAAAUUUUCAAAUUGUAUAAAAAAGAUCGUCGAUUUGAAAUAAUAGUAUAACGUCUGCGUUUGCAUGCCUUUAUCUUUGGUGACAAAAGGUGACAUGUGAUGGAACCUUGAACGAAAGUUAAGAUCAGUCUAUGAAUUUCGUUCAUAGAUGCAUAAAAGGAAUCUAUAUAUAAUUCUAUUCUUUACUAAAACUUUAUCAAAGGGAUUAAAUGAAGAAUGUGGAAAAGUAGCUAAAUAAGAUUUUAAACAAAAUCGAAGACAACUCGCGACGUUACGUUAGUGUAAAUUGAAAAAAUUUUUUUUUUAACACCACUAAGAUCUGCAGUGAGAUAUAUAGUUACAGACUGCUGCAGACGGAUCGAUGAUUGAUUAACGUUAACGAGAACGCUGUGACUUUUGAUGUAACGUACCGUCAUGAUUCAUAAUGUUAUUUUUUAUUUGGUGUCUGUCGCAUGUGCAACGACGUGGAUCUCCAAUUAAAUGAAAAAUACGAGUAUCCCACGAAUUACGGGAGCAUAUCGCGGUUGGUAAGCGCGUGAUAAAUGAUUUGUUUGGCAGACGCAAAAAUAUCGCUCGAACGUCAACGAAGGAAUUCGAGAAGGCAUCUUUCGAGAAAAAUUUUUUUUUUUAAUUUAUGUAAGAAUUUGUGCCUUGGAUAAGCGUAUGAACGAUUAUUUCCAUUUUCCUCUGUAAUAGUUCGUUCUUGAAACACCUGAAUAGCUUCAUUUAUUAAUUCGACUUUCUUUUUUACUUUUUAUUAUCCUUUAUCAAAAAUUAUUUCCGAAGUAAAAUACUUUAUGAUGUAUUUUUAUUGUAGUAUACAAGAGCACAGCUUACAUGAUAAAAAUUAUCAUGAACGGUUCUCCAAAUGAGAUCCUUGAGUGGACAUUUGAUUCACGGGCUUUAAUCUUUACGUGUAUCGUCUGUCACACGGAAGAAUUAUGAAUUUGUAUAAUAUUCUUUCUUCGUUACCGUGAACGCGCGCAAAUUAUACAUUAUAUGUACAAGUGUUUUAUCAUAUAAUUGCGAACACAGAUCAAACAACGUCCACUUAAUUUAUAUGGGGCACGAAAUAGUCUUUUCUCGUAUUCGGGUUCCGGACCCUCUCGUUAGAAGGUCAGAAUAUUCGCGAAACACGCGAGAGAGAUCGCAGUUUGCAAUUAUUUGAUACCGAACGGUUCAUUCCGUUUCGGUGACAUUACGAAAAUCGUUAUUAGCAAAGCUGAAAGAUGUUCCGCGCGAUAUUUCUACUAUGUCUGGCUGGAAUACCAUUUUCACAAUGCAAGCAGGUAAUUCUCAAAAUAUAAAUAUAAAAUUUGAUCAAGUUUUCGUCCAGGUAGAAUUAAGAAAUGUAAAAGAAAAUGUUAGAAAUCAAAGAACGUAUUUUCAGCUACACGAGUACAUGACGCCGGAGGAAGUGAUGGCAGUCUUUCACAAGCCGCAUCAUCUUGUACCUGAGUACGACCUGGUACCAGUAAUGCAUCGCGAAGUGAAGAGAAAUAUUGAGGAUGUCAAAGAAAACACGAAAGAGCUGAAGAUGAAAGUCUUCAACGAGGACGUCAGAUUAUAUUUGACACCCACAGAAGGUAUCCUCGCCAAUGAACAUACACCUGUGUGGACUGCUUUGCCCGAUUCACAAGCGCCCGAAGGAUUGCAAUACAAGGAAGUACCUAAGGCUAUGGAUUAUGUGGGGAUUCCGUUUCAAGACGUAAAAAGUUCAAGUUCACUUUUGGUAUCUCCCACUCCUGACGGACACAUGCAUUUGAACGGAAUAUUAAACAAAACAUUGAUUAUGAAGUCUUUGCCGGAACGACUUCUAAACAAUGUUCUUUACGGAGGACCUAAUCUCUACGAACCGCAUCAUACGAACAACUUGACGGACGACGAAGAUUUCGCCUAUACGCAUCAUCACGUAGUGUACAAGAUGCCUUUGUCGGAUCAUCAUCCAGAUUUUAACAUUACGGAUCCCGAAGGAAGCGAAGAUGAGAAAAGCAAUGCUCCGGAAAUUAUUUAUCCAGAAGUCAUAUUAGUGGCUGACUACGGCCUAUAUAGAACACUGGGCGAAAAUGUUGAACGGGUCGUAAAAUAUCUCGUCGCUUUUUUGAACGGAGUCGAUUUGAGGUAUCGUUUACUAACCACGCCCAAAAUUCGAUUUAAUAUUGCAGGAAUGAUCAUAGGUGUGGACAAGGAUGCGAUUCCAUACUUGGAAGAUAAUCGCGUUGAAGUUUCAACCUUAGAUGCGGAUAAUGCUCUGCGUGGCAUGGCCGAUUAUUUCUAUCGCGAGAACAGAUUUCCAACAGAGUUUUACGACAUGGUAAUCGCUUUGACAAGUCUUGAUAUGGGCAAUAGAAUCACCGACGACCCGCCGAGCUACGACUCGUCGACUUUGGGUUAUGCAUACGUAGCCGGUGCGUGCGACAGAAAUGAUACAAAAAAAUCAUCCGAGGCGGUAGGAAUUGUCGAAGACAAUGGUGGAUUUUCCGGUAUCAUCCCUACGGCUCACGAAAUCGGCCAUUUGAUAGGGGCACGUCACGACGGUAAUCCGAAAAGCGCUGGAGAUUGUGCGCCUCACGAUGGCUUUAUUAUGACUAGCGGAUUUAUGUUGCAUGAGAACGGUUUUGAAUGGUCCUCAUGCAGCAUAAACGCCUUCUACAAUUUCAUCAACGAGGACAGAGCAAAAUGCCUUUACAACAAGCCCGAAACGAGUGCACCGAUAACGCGUAUUUUACCCGGAGCUUUGCUGUCCUUGGACGAACAAUGUUACCAAGUCUCUGGAACGGCGGCGUGUAACAAAGAUGCUACGGUCUGUACUCGCUUGGAGUGUGAGUAUCCUAGAAUUAAAGAUUUCUGCAGAGCAACUGCACCAGCGGCGGAAGGUUCUCCUUGUGGAGAUGGUUUGAUCUGUCUGAAUGGCAGAUGCGUGCUUGAAGGAUUAAUAAAGGACAAAGACAGAAAGUUACUCGAGAAGUUCUUACCGAAAUUCACUCUUCAAAAGAUCAAAAAGAUUCCAUGGUUGCAAUUACUGAAAGACCUGAAGGACAAGAUAAAGGACACAAUAGAGGACACAAAGGACAAACUAAUAGAUACGAAGGACAAGAUAAAGGACACAAUAGAGGACACAAAAGACAAAAUAAUAGAAACGAAGGACAAAAUAAAAAAUACCCUAAUAGACAAAAAAGACAAAAUAAUGGAGACACUAAAGAAGAAACUUUUCCCGUACAAAUAAAUACCAACGUUGCCAAGGACACUUAUGAGCUGGUACAUCUAUUGCCACACACUAUACUCUAUACCGUUGUUGCUUUAAUGAAAUAUAUAAAAAUAAACAAUAAGAUAUACUUUCAUAUAUUAUGUAUUAGGGAUAUAUUUUAUGUUCUUCUAAGAAUAUGUUUUAGAAUAUAUCCCGAAUGAAAUUUUGCAAUUUUUUGUACAUAGUAGUAGUUUAUGUAUGUAAAUACAGAAGAAGUCAUGUAUGCAUGUGUAAUUCGCAAUAAUACCAGUAUAUUAC